AUGGAUGUAUCAUCACUUGUACCUUUAGAAGGGUUAGAUGAUGCAAAUGCUCAAUUGGUAGCUAUCAAAAAGAUUGAAGCUCACUUUUCAAUGAUUGAUAGUCUUGCAACCAUCACCAAUCAUAAACAAUCAUUAAUACAACAAAAGAAAACAAUUGAAGCUCAAAUUAAAAAUGAAGCAAAUGGAGAACUUGAAAGAGCAAAAAAAGGAUUAGAAAUAUUAACAAAAUCAUUUGGUAGAAUAGAGAAUAUGGGAGGUAGUUUUGAUCAGACGGUAUCAUUGUGUCACGAGACAUCAAGUUUGAUUGGAUACUAUCCAAUGAUUAAAAAGGUGAAUACAUGUCGUGUCAACCUCAUGUCCAUCUUGAAAGAGGUCGAUCGUUUACUCACCAUACCCGAAAAGGCGUUAGAGAUUGAACAAUUGAUGGAGAAUGACAUGAACAUUCUCAUUGUACAUAAAAAACUAAGAGAAUUGGAACGACUACACAAAAAGGCUUUAAAACAAUUUGAAUCAAACGACGAUGAAUUGGAAGCCAUCAAAGAGAUGUUUUCAACGGUACCAGAGUUGGGGUAUCGUUUUGAAAACAAACUAUGGGAUUUGGUUAGCAAUUCUGUACAUAUGGCUAAAAAGGAUGGAAACAGACCUGUUAUUGUAAAGGUUGCUCAAAUUGUAGAACGUGAAAAGAUUCACGAACAAAAAGCCAAAGAACGUAGUAAAUUGUCGUCUAGUGAGAGUAUGGAAGAUGAUCAUCUAACUGGUGCCUAUGGUGAUCGGUUUAUCGAAGUGUUGGGUCAAUCGAUUGCCUCACGAUUCGAACCAAUGUUUUUAACUUGUCAAACAGAUUUGGUUCAAACUCUUCGAGAAGUCAACAAAAUGGUCGAUGAAUUGGAUGUAGUUAUGGAUGUAGUAGGUGAAUGUUAUCCUCCCUCUUAUGAUUUAUUCAAUUACUAUGUUAAAGAAUAUCAUAGUAAAUUCUAUUCACUAUUUGGUUCUUUCUCUAAUCUUGUUGAAAGUGGUGUAUCUGGUGAUGCCUAUCUUGCAAGACAAUCAAUUCCUUCUGCUCAUAUUUUAAUGUUAGUUGAAUGGGUAAUUAAAGAAUAUAGUAGAAAAUUAAGUAGAUUAGGAAUUCAAGACAUGUCACCACCAUUAUUAGAAUCAUUGGAUCCACUUAUAAAGAUUUAUAAAUUACAUAUCAAAGGUUUGAUGAGAGAUUGGUGUGAUAAUAUUUUGGUAGAGGAUAAUCAAAAGAAACCACAGGUUAUUGACCAACAGUAUUUCACAUCGGCACCAGUCGAUCUUUUUGAAAGUGUUGGAUCACAAUUGGAUAUUGCUCAAGCUACCAAAUGUCAAAAAUUGGUGGUUGGUGUCAUGGAAGAGGUGAUCAACGCACUCGCCUAUUUCCAACAACAAAAUGUUAAACUACUCGAAGAGAGAAACCACGAGAUCAAAUUUGAAAAUGUCAUUGCCGCCGUCAACAAUAAUAGUAGAAACUAUGAUUUCACCCAAGAUCUAGUCGACAAGGUUUCAAACCUCUUGUCGGUCGAGUAUAUGGCACAAUUAAAUUUUGAUCCUGUCUUGGAUGGCUUUUUAGGUGUUUCAAGUGUUGCCAUUAAAUCAUUGGCAGUUGUCAUGUUUAGAGAUCUAGAAGAUACCAUUAAAAAAUUCUAUACUGCCGAAUGGUAUCAAGAAGAUCAAAUGCAACUCAUCAUAAACACCAUAGACGAUUACUUUAAAAAUGAUAUUCAAAAAUAUAUUCUAGAAAAUUAUAUGAAAAGAUUAUCACUUUUAUGUUUGGAUACUUUAAUUGAAAUGAUACUUACACAAUUAAUUUCUGGAGGAAAUAAGAUUGAUAUUAAUCAAUUUGAAAAGUUAAUGAGUAGUGAUUGUGAUAAAAUGUUGGAUUUCUUUAAAAAAUAUUUACGUAUUUCGCUUGCAACAUCUCGUAUUCAAGUAUUGGAAGAUUUUAAAAAUAUGUUAACUUGUGAUGGAGGUGAUAUGAUUCCAGUCUAUUUUAGAUCAAUUAUUAAUACACACAAGGACGUAAAUGAUCGUGUUGUGGAAUUGGUUAUUCAACAAAGAGCUGAUUUGUCAAAACAAAAGAUCAAUGAAACAUUACAAUCGUGUCGUGAAACAAUAGCCAAAGUUGUAGAUCCAAAUCAACCAGCUCCAACAGGUAUCUUUACUAAAAUGAAUAUUUAUACAAAGAGUUGGUUUGGUAGAUAA